CAUGUGCUCUAUAUAGAUAACCCUUGAGGACAUCAUGCUCAGUGAAACAAGCUAGUCACAAAAUGACAAUGCUGUGUGAUUCCACUUUUAUGAGGUCCCUGGAGUAUUCAAAUUCAUAGAGUCAGAUGGUAGAAUGGCAGGUGACAGGGGCUAAAAGGAGGGGGAAUAGGCAAUUCAUGUUUGAUGGGGACAGUUCUAGUUUGGAAAGAUGAAAAAGUUCUGGUGAUGGGUGGUGGUGAUGGCUGCAUAACACUGCAAAUACACUUACGGUCACUGACCUGCACUCUUACAAAUAGUUAACAUGGUACAUUUGAUGCUACCACAAUUUAAAAAAAAGAAAAAAACAUGUGGUUGAGUCAUAUGUACAGAUGUUGGCUGAUGGCCACAGGGAGAAAGGCAGGAAAACCUGCAGGCUGGCAGCACUGGGAGGUUGGUGCUGCUUCUGUUCCAUGUCCUUCUAGGACCAGAACAGAGCCUGGCUGUGAGAACACCCUGGAGUGAACUGGAUUUGUCUGGGGUUCCAGCAGCUGCAUGCAGCCAUGUACUGCCCAGCCACACUCCUGCUCAUGCUCCUGGUCAGUGGGGCUGAGGCCUUUCGCAUCUGUGCCUUCAACGCCCAGCGUCUGACACUGGCCAAAGUGGCCAGGCAGCAAGUGAUGGACACCUUAGUUCGGAUCCUGGCUCGCUGUGACAUCAUGGUACUGCAGGAGGUGGUGGACUCUUCUGGCCAUGCUAUCCCACUCCUGCUUCGAGAACUCAACCGAUUUGAUGACUCUGGGCCCUAUAGCUCCUUGAGCAGCCCCCUGCUGGGGCGCAGUACCUACAUGGAGAAGUACGUCUACUUUUAUCGGUCACAUAAGACACAGGUCCUGAAUUACUACGUGUACAAUGACAAGGAUGAUGUCUUUGCCCGGGAACCCUUUGUGGCCCAGUUCACUUUGCCCAGCAAGGUCCUUCCUAGCCUGGUGCUGGUCCCACUACACACUACUCCUAAGGAUGUAGAAAAGGAGCUGAACGCCCUACACAACGUGUUCCUCGAUGUCUCCCAACACUGGCAGACCAAGGACAUGAUCCUGCUUGGGGACUUCAAUGCUGACUGUGCUUCACUGACCAAAAAGCGCCUGGGUCAGCUGGUGCUGCGGAUGGAGCCAGGCUUCCACUGGGUGAUUGCUGAUGGGGAGGACACCACAGUGCGGGCCAGCACCCACUGCACUUACGACCGCAUUGUGCUGCAUGGGGAGCACUGCCAGAGCCUGCUGCUCACUGCAGCUGCCUUCAACUUUCCCAGGAGCUUCCAGCUCACUGAAGAAGAGGCUCUCAACAUCAGUGACCACUACCCUGUGGAGGUAGAGCUGAGUCAGGCGGUGCACAGUGUCCAGCCCCUCAACCCAGCCACUUCUGCUGCUUUUGCUGCUGUUCUGUCAUUCCUGGCCCCUCAGCUAAACCCUGUGGCCUGAACACACUCCAGGGCCUGCUACUACCCACAGAUAUGACACUGCCUUUAAGACUGAAACCUUGCCCUUCCCUGUCCAUCCUGCCCUGGGACUGAAACCACUCCUGGGGGGCUGCAGCUACAGCCCUCCAUCUUCUGGGUUUGGCUUGUGUCUGCUAUCAGAAAAGGAAGCCAGGGCCCUGAGUCAGGACCCAGGUAUGGUGUCAGUAGUGGAGACAAAGCAGGCUCCAAGGCUGGGUGAGGGGGAAGAGGAGGCUCCAGAGGCAUCUUAGCUAAUCUGCAGGGCUUGUAAAGGGGAAUCACAAUGCAUCAAAAGAUUUUAUUUGACAAAAAGGAAACUAUACACACACCAAGAACACAAAGCCUUAUUGGAUAAAGACAUUACUUGUGUAUAGCAGAGAUGCCAAUGGCUAUCUUUACAGUAUACAGGACCCAUACGAAUCAGCAGAAUUAAAAUCCUAACAAAUAAAAGUAGGUAAGUGGUUGUACACAAAGCAAGCCCCCCCCCCAAAAAAAACCCCCUAGUGAAUGAUAGAAAACGUUUUAGCUCACAUAAUCCAGUGAAUGAACAGCCUGGAAAAAGCCCAAGCAUCAGCCAUACCUGCUUGGGCAGCCUGCCCCCAGCACCGCGAGGUGCUGUCAGUCCACAUUCUUACCUGUAUCCAUGCACAGGGCAAGCCCAGCUGGCUAGUCACCAAGGCAGAAGCAUGGAGAAGAUGCCUAUCUGCAUAAUCUGAAUAGCUACUUUGUGAAGUUGCUCAGUGAAAAGGGCUACAGCUACGGCGAAAGCAAAUGCUACCAGUGAUCCUGUCCAAGGCGUUAACACAGGACCUUCUUUCCCUGCCUUCCAUUUCCCAAGGAACAGAACUCAAUAAAAAUACCUAUUAGGACACUAUCAGUACUAAGUGUAAACUAUCACCAGAGCUAUACUUUAGCCCCAAGAUAAAAAAUAAAACGUCAAACUUUAGAAAUGGUUAUAAAUAAGACUACAAAAAGCCAGAGGUCCCUCUCGGGUUACACCCCAGCCCUGGAACCAGAAACCCUUUGGAUUUCUCCCAUUUCCUGGCCCGAGGGUUUAGGGUUAUCUUGCUUAGUAGUAUCCUCCUGGCCUACUUUUGCUUCUCCCCCAGAUCUCAAAAGCUGCUCUUGGCACUUGGGUUAGAAGAACCACAUGCAGAGGCCAACGUGGGCCAUAAACAUUAGUCUGGAGGGUCUUUUGUCGCCAAGCCCCAUGGGCCUGUCAAGAGUAUUUAAUGAUGAGGGCCUCGCAGGCUCCACAGGAGCUAGGGCUGAAGGAAAUGUCAGGCUGCUGAAGGUGCGAAUGGAAUCAGCCCCCAGAUUACUCAAGAAACACCAGGCUGCUGGUUGAACCUAUGGCUGCCCACUCUCUUCCUAAAGUAAUGUUGGCCUGGGGUGCUGCAGAUAUCAGCCUUGGUACAUGAGCCGCUCACCUGGUGGGGUGGGACGUUCAGGCAGCAACCAGGACUACAAGGGCUUU